AUGGUUGUUAUAAACAUCAAACUACUAGAAAAAAAUAACUCUGAAACGGAACAAUAUCAACAAAAAGUGGCCGAAGCAGAAAUAAAAUUAUCGUUGUUUUUUGCAUCUCAUAAUAUUGCAAUUAACCUAGUGGAUGAUAUGGUUGAUCUCUUAAAAGAUAUUGGUAAGGAUCCGAAAGUUGUUAAUGACAUCAAAUUGGGGAGGACAAAAUGUACGAACAUUAUUGAAAAUGUAUUAUGUGGCAAGGAAACUAGGGAUCUUGUAGAGGUAUUAAAAAAUAACUAUUUUAGUGUUCUUAUCGAUGAAAGUACAGACAUAUCGGUUCAGAAGUUCUUAUGUGUUCUCGUGAGAUUUGUGUGUCCUGUUACAAAAAAUGUAAAGACAGAUCUUUUGGAAAUGAUCAAAUUAGAUGCAAGGCUAGUGACAAGUGAAAAAUUGUAUGAACAUUUUAGUAGAGCACUUACUGAUAAAAGUAUUCCAUUAAGCAAUAUUAUAGGAUUAGCCAGUGAUGGGGCAAAUGUUAUGUUAGGGGACCAUAAUUCAUUCAAAACCAGGUUGUCAUCCGACUCUACUGUACUUGUGGUGCUCAAAUGCAUUUGUCAUAGUGCUGCGCUUGUUGCUAGUAAAGCAUGCAAACAAUUACCGCGAACACCAGAAGACUUAAUUCGCUCUGUAGCAACCUAUAUUAGUGGAAGCGCAAAAAGAUGUGCGGAAUUACUUGAAUUUCAGGAGUAUUAUAAUGACAAAAAAUUAAAAAUUUUACACUUAUCAGGUACUCGUUGGUUAUCGAUGUAUCAAUGUGUGGAAAGAUUUUUAAAAAUGUGGGACAUUUUAAAAUCAUACUUUCAGGUUGCUCUUGUCGAGGACAGGUAG